UGCCGCUCGGUGGGCUUCGGUCAAUGGAAAAUUGAAGUUGUGCUCGCACCCAUCCCUUUCCCAUACUGGUACGUUUUCGGUUCAUUAUCCAAACGACCCGAUAAUAAUAAACACGCUUGCAAACUUUGUUCCGCCGACUGUGCAAACCUCUGUGCCUGUUUGAAAUCAUUGCAAGUGUGCUUCGCGUGUGAGUUUGUUUGCUUAAACCCAGUGCACCCAGUGUGUUGAAUCCGUUGUAAUAGGCAAGGAAAAAUCGAACGUGUGGAAAACGUAAAGUGUGUGCUGCCUGUUAUUGCACCCCACAAACUCCCAUCAGUUGUUUUCCGUCCAGCACGAGCACGUAGCUUCAUAAUCUUCCCCAAAACGCCCCGUAAAUAGAAGCAACAGGAAGUGUACAACGCGGGUUUAACGGGCAACUAAGAGCGGAAAGAAAAUUCUUCCUUCCGCAAACCGGAAACAGAGCGGUGAAUCUCACGUGUGCAUAACAUUGUCUUCUGCUUAAGACAUCUUAAAUUCUAACAUACACACAGACACACAAUGCCAGUACAAGAGGAAUGUUCAGUGAUACCGGAUGUACCACGAGGACCACUGUGUGCAUAUCGUUCGAAGGCUCAGUUCAACUGGAAAGAAUUUCGGCUAGUGCUAGAGGAUAAAGAGCUGGUGAAAAUAAAAUAUGACAUAUGGAGGCGAUUGGAAUCGGAACCGUUGUUCUCACCAGUUACGGCGACAUUGUCCGUCGAUCAGCAAAAAGAACGCGCAGCAAGGCAGGUGAAUCGAAUCGCCGACCUGGAGCUCGCACCACCAGAGAUCUAUUCAAAGCCGUACAAAUAUCGUGUGCGUUAUUUGAUGAGCAUUAAUGAAGCGCUCCACGCGGUAUGUCCAAGCUUGUCCGUCAAAAUUGCACUCGGCGUUGGGCUGUUCACGAACUCGUUGCUUGCGAUGGGUACCGAGCGUCACCAGGACGUGUACAAUAAGGCGUGGAACCGGGAGAUCAUCACGUGCUUAGCGAUCACGGAGGUAUCGCACGGUAGCAACACGAAACGAUGUCGCACAACCGCAACGUACGAUCCAACCACACAAGAGUUCAUUAUACACACGCCCGACUUUGAGGCGGCUAAAUGCUGGAUCGGCAAUCUGGGCAAAACUGCCUCAAUAGCGCUACUGUUCGCUAUUCUCUACACCGCCGAUGGGGAAAAUCAUGGCCUGCAAGGCUUUCUCGUACCGAUACGCGAUCCGAAAACGUUACUGCCCUACCCGGGCGUGACGGUGGGCGAUAUUGGCGAAAAGAUCGGCCUGAAUGGGAUCGACAAUGGAUUCGUGAUGUUCAACAACUAUCGUAUACCGCGAGAGAAUUUGCUGAACCGCACCGGCGAUGUGACACCGGAGGGUGUGUACGAGAGCACGUUCAGCGAACCGGGCAAAAUUCUGGGCGCGGUGCUCGAAUCUUUCUCCGCCGGACGGUUGGGUAUCAUGCAGGAAUCGUCCAACACGCUGUCCCAUGCGGCCGUCAUUGCGGUGAGGUAUGCCGCGCUGAGGAAACAGUUCGGAACGGACCGGAAUGGACCGGAGCAAUCGAUCAUCGAGUAUCAGUUGCAUCAAUGGCGCAUAUUUCCCUACCUGGCUGCGGCCUGCGUACUUAAGGUGUCGGUGUUUGCCAUGACUGAGAUCUAUCUGGAGACGGUACAGAAAUCUCAAGCCGAAUCGAACGGAUUCGAGCUGCUGACCCAGAUCGUUUCGGAGAUACACGCGCUGGUAUCAUCGUCGAAACCACUCGUGACGUGGACGGCACGUGAUGCGAUUCAAGAAUCGCGCGAAGCUUGCGGCGGUCACGGUUAUCUGCGGGCGGCCAAUUUGGGCGAGCUGCGCAACAAUCACGAUCCUAGCUGUACUUACGAGGGAGACAAUAAUGUGUUGGGCCAGCAGGCUUCCAAUUGGCUUAUCCGGCAGUGGAAGAAUGCGCAGGUAGAGAGUCCGGUUGGAACGGCCAGCUUUAUCACACGAAGGAACGCAAUAUUGAACAGUGAUUUUGAGACUUUGCUGCGUAAGGGAAUUCACAUCGAAAGCUCAGACUGUAAGUUUUAUUUCGCGCUUCAGUGUUACGAAUGGCUCAUGUGUUGGCUGCUUAAGGAAAGUGUUGCAAAAAUGGAGGAAGCCAGCAAGGUUGGGUUGGAUACGUUUACGGCACGUAACAACUGUCAAGUCUAUCGGGCGCGGGAUUUAAGCCGCGCGUACGCGGAGUAUUACGCACUGGAGAGUUUUAGAUCCAGAUGUGCUCGUGGUGACGUGAAGGAGCAACUGCGCCCGGUACUCUUCCAGGUGUAUUUGAUCUACGGUAUGUGGUGUCUUGAUCGACACAUGACUACCUUCUACGCUGGUUCCUUCGCCAAGGGUUCACAGUUUGCGGACGAGGUACGCGGUACGCUGCUGCGAAUGUGUGGCGCCCUGAAGGAUUCCGCCGUAGUCAUUGCCGAUGCACUGGCUCCACCAGACUGGGUGCUAAACUCAGUAAUCGCCAAAUCCGAUGGACGAUUGUACGAGAACAUUCAGUCGGUAUUUAUGACCAAUCCGGGUGCGCUGGAACGAGCCUCCUGGUGGAAGGACGUGAUACCGUCCAAGCUGAAGAGUAAACUGUAGAGCGUUUGUGCAACAAAAAAACACACAAAAAAUCUCGCAAAAGGGAUAGAUACGUGUGUGGAAAACGGAACAGGUAUCAGACAGGGUUUUAGAGGCUGAUCGAUGAUCAUCGAUGCCGCUUCGGAAAGCAACAUAAUUUACGGGUUUUUUUGUGUGUAUGUUUUAGAGUAUAUGUUUUAGCCGUGUUUUUUUUUAAAUAUCGCUCGAUGAGGACGAGCCAUUAUCAUCGUAUUGUAUAAUGGAAAAAGAAAACACACACACACCACCCACAGUAUAAGUGCAAUCCUGACGUGGCGUUCCUCAAAUGCAGGCGAACCACCGUCAUAUAUAUCGUGUGAACGCGCGACCCGAGGGUAUAUAACAAAAAGUGUGUAAAUUCCCGUACGUAGAUGUUGCCUGUUAAUCGUGUUUUUAUGCUGCAUGGUGAGGAUCAGCAUCACACAAAAGGUUCGCACUCGCGUGCAGUAUUAUUGUGCGUAUGGCGUAUAAGAUGUUUGUUAGAGAAGCACGUAACUAUGUUCGUUUCGUUCGUAAUUAAUGUUGGUACUUCGAUCGACGGUUGACCGAUUGCGUAUUCUAGUUGUUAGUGAACGUUCCCCCGCCCCACUAGUACUCAUUAAAGUGUUUCUCUCUCUCUUACUGUUAGAAAGUCGCGGUCAAACCGAUAAUUCUGGAAACCUGUUUUAAAUUUCUGUACUCCUCUUGUUCUUGUUUGUAGUCCUGUGUUUGAUGUAAUCUCUUGAUCGUUAAUUUUAACCCCGAAAAAAAUGGAGGUCCCCCAGAGCCUCACCAGCAGGACAAAUCAAUUCGUGAAAAAGAAAAUGUGUCUUAUCUAUAUUCCUAUAUCUACAUCUCGCGAAUAGUCAAAAUCAGCCUAGCUAGAGAAUGUGUAACACAAUUGUCUAUUGAAACAAAAUACAUGAUUUUUAUAGUGAAUGUGUAUUUACGAUCGUUGUAAGUCCCGUUUAGUGGCCCAACGGUUCACGUUAACCUGUGAGGGGUGGCACACAAUGUUGGUGAGAAUUUUGAACUGUUCUUAGGCAUCCUGCCCUACUGCGCCGCCUGUUUUGUUCUUACCUACUCCCGCUGUCGUUUCGAACGAUCUGUUGUAGCGUGGUAUUUUAUAUAAUUGAACCCCACCUCUUCGGUGUACGUAAUGGAGAGAUCCGCGAUAGGAAUAGUGUGUAUGUGAUGUUUCUCCUGGAUAUAAUCAAACGAAACCUCUCCCCGCUGUAUGUGCCCCCAUUUACCGUCGAUGUAUGAAAACAGAGUGUCAUAUAUGUGUUUUUGAUGGGGCCCGGUAAGGUUAAAGCCAGGAUAGGUUAGGUCGCUGUAGCAGAAAGGUGCCACGUUGCGUAGGAAAUGUUUAUCUACAUGCGAAAUAUAUACACAUUCUUAUAUACACCAACCCCAAACCUAGAUGGAAACAAACAUGAAUACAUGCAUAUAGCGCGCGUUUCUUGAACGCAUCCUUGAGCAUUGUUGUUAAGAGAGAUUGUCCUUUGAGAAAUUUUCGUUCAACAAAAAUUGUUUAUAAAAGCGAAUCAUUGAUCAGAAUUGCAUGCAUUUAUUGAUCGUAUUUAGGUAUAUCAUUUAUCGUAACCAAAAAAUGCCAUAAAUGUCCGUGUGUCUCCGGGGAGGGGUUUUACAUUUUUACGUUCAAAAUGACCUAACGAAUGGUGGCGUUGCGCGUACGGAUAUGAUACUUGAAAAUGUUUAUAAACAAAACACUACAAUGAUAUUAGGAAAAAACGCUAAAAAAAAUAAGGAACCUAAACGCUUCACAUGACGGCACACUGUUCAUCGUUUUUGUUUGGAACUCGUCCGAUCGACGAUGCUGACGGUGACCUGUUCACGCCGGAUGUUGAAUACACCGCUAACCGGCCGCCACUCUCCUCGUGGAAGUAUUUGUCCUUCGGUGGCUUCAUCAUGCGGUGCCGUUCGACAAUCGCCAUCUCAUCGCCCUCUUCGUUCUGCAGCACGGUCGCCAUCGUAUCCGUUACCGUCCACAAGGCGUUCUUCAUUACCAGAUCGGUCGGUGGAUCCGGUUUCCGGUUCGCCACGUUUGCCCACACCGUCACUAUACCGUUGCCCUCGAUUUUGGCCGACUUCGGGAACCGAUAGCAUACCUCGGUCGCAUCCGUCGGCCGACGAAUCAGCUGCCAGCCGUCCAGCUUGUACUCCUGUUUCGAUUUGUUUGCGAUGCGCACGAACCGACCGUCGGGAUCACACUCCGUCACCUCGAUGUCACCCUUGGCCGAUGCCACCACCGAAUAGUCCAACGAUUCGUCCAGAUUGUUGCGCUUGCGUUUAAGCGAGGGCGUACGGAACAGCCGUGAGCUGGAGGUGAACGCAGCGGCACCGGCAGCCGAACUGGAGCUGGUCACGUUCGGCGUAAUGUUGAGACGCGUCUCUUCCGUCGACAGUAGCUUAUCGUACGCCGCUAUUUCCAUGUCGAGCGAAAUCUUGAUAUCCAUCAGAUCCUGAUAAUCUUUCAACUGAACGUCCAUCUCGGUGCGCAUCUGAUCAUGCUGCUUUUGGAAUUUGGCUUUUUCCUCGUCAUACCGCGCACGUUCGCUUACCAACCGCUCCUCUAGCGCUUGGAUGCGCCCCUCGAACAGGUUGCCCAUUUCGUCCCGAUUCAGGCGC